AUGGCUUUCGAAACAAAACUGUUACUGCUUACUGCAACAUUGCCCUUCUGGGAUUUACAAGCUGAGACUGAGCCUGAGAUACAUGUCGGCGAGUUGAAGAUCAUAAGUCAGAAUGAGCACAGACGCCUGAAGCGGGAACAGUUCUGCCAAGUAUUGUGCCUUCCAAACUGGUUUCUGUACAAUUACACCUGUUAUCGAGCUUCAACAGCCACUCGUACGUGGAUCCAGUCUGAGCUACACUGUCAGCAGUUGGUUCCUGGUGGGCACCUUGCUUCACUUCAUAGUUUGGAGACUAAUAGGUUUCUUGUAACUUUGGCAAGAAACAAAUUGAGUAGUUAUGUGACUUGGGUCGGUGCCUCUGACAAGUAUAAGCUAGGUACCUUCUUCUGGACAGAUGGAUCUCCAUGGGAUUAUUCCAACUGGAAACAUUACCCUGCAGUAAAUGACGUUCAUUAUUGUGUUGAACUCAACAUUAGGCAUGUAGAUAUUUACAAAAUGGAAAUCAAGUAUUGUUCAGAAAGAAAACAUUUCAUUUGUCAGUACAAGCCUGACUUUCCGUAA